AUGGAGUUAGAGUCCUACAUUGCGGCGGGGUGCCUGGCUCUGGACAAGGCCGACUCGCGACUGUCCGAUGACGGGAUUUGGUCGCUCAUUGAACCAGGGCAAUGGUAUCACUUUGGCCGAUUUGGAAAUCCAGUGGAAAAUGGAAUCGAAAGUGAAGAUGGCCAUUUCGGCCGGGAUCCAUGCUCCAGGUUUCUAGAGAUGGAAAUCCAGCAUCAGCUCAUAUCCUCCAGAUGUCUUUUACCCUUCGCCGACUUGCUGCGAAACCGCUGGAUUCACAUGAGCGUCACUACUUCGACCGGACAUAUCAUUAUUCGCGUCUACCUUCUGCCAGAUGAUGUUGGAAACCGCACCAUACCCCGUCGGAGUCCGUCUCUGCUGAAGGCGAGGCUGAGCCUCCUAGCACAGUUGGACUUCUCAAAAAGUACCUGGGAAGGACAAUUGAUGGGAAACCCGUCUCAGAGCCCGCCAAGAUUUGGAGAUCCGGAGACAACAACCGAAUCGCAAGGCGGCGAGGGCCAAUCUUUGCUACAGAUGUUCAACAGCAUACCGUCUCCUCAGCCGGACCCGGAGGCUAUUCCCGACUAUGACGCCCGGGAUGCCGCAUACACGCUGAUAAACAGCAAAGUGCCGGGCCUUUUGACCACCCUCUAUGCAUACCAACGCCGGUCUGCAGCCUUGAUGCUUCAGAGGGAGUCCCAGAGGCAGAAGGUGCUGGAUCCGCGUCUGAUGAAGGUCGUCGAUCAGCUGGGGAGGCCUUGGUACUACGACCCAAUUACCGGCACCGGUCUGCGUGAACCCAGACACUACGACGGGCCUUGUGGUGGUAUCCUUGCCGAAGAAAUGGGCGCAGGAAAGACUCUCAUUUGCCUCUCCCUCAUCCUGGCGACCAGGCAUAUCCCCUCCGCCGCGCCCGACCAUUUGUGGACCGAUGAGCCUAUCGUCCGCCGUAAGGUUGGGAGCCUUGCUGAUAUGGCCGCGUCUUGCAUUACUCGCCAUUCGGUCCCCUGGAGAACGGUAUUCGGUGCCCUCGAACCAGAUGGGAUCGACUACCCUCACUGUGUCGACGCAAUUCGACGGAACCCCGCAUUUUAUCACCUCCCCCGAACAACCCGGACCCUUUAUCGAGGAAGGCGAAACACGGUCCCAUCCCCAUCGAUGAAGGUGCAUCUGAGCCACACUUCCCUUGUGAUUGUGCCUCCAAACCUGGUGCAGCAGUGGAAAGAAGAAAUCGCCAAGCACACGUCCGGUUUGGAAGUCUUGAUUGUCGAUAAGAAACAGCUGCUAUUACCGCCAGUCGAGGAGCUCGUUGAAUAUGACAUUAUCUUAUUCUCAUCAACUUCCUUUGAGAAGUUGUUAGAUGAUGUCGGCGUCGACCCGGAUGGCGCCAAGACCCUCAAGAGCCCUCUAACAUCAAUCCACUUCAAGCGGUGUAUCGUUGACGAGGGCCACAGACUUGGCAACUCAACAUUGGGGAGGAAGAGCAAUCUACAUCUGCUCAUCGACCAUCUGCAGAUUUCGGCCAAGUGGAUCGUUACUGGAACGCCAUCCAAGGGGCUAUUCGGGGUCAACGACACGCCCAGUCCGCACUCAGACGGCGGACGGCGGGCGGAGACUUCCCUGAACUUGGAGAAGGAUGACCUGAAGCGCAUUGGUUCAAUCGCAAUGUUUUACGUGCGCAUGCAGCCCUGGGCAAAUACGUUGAUCGAGGGAGGAGAUCUGCCAGCGGACUGGACCGUCUAUGUUAUGCAACCGCGCUCAGCUCAGAGUACCGGUCGUGCUGACUGUCUGAAGGCAACAUUGGCGUCGCUAAUCAUCCGAAAUCGCCUGUCUGACCUCGGCAAUUUACUGCCAUCCGUUGAUGAGAAGGUCGUCUACCUCGACGGCUGCUUCCAAGAUCGAUUGGCGCUCAACUUAUUUUCCAUGAUGAUCAUUUUCAACGCCGUCCAGUCACAGAGAACAGACCGAGAUUACUUUUUUCAUCCACGACAGCGGAAGUCGCUACUCGAACUCGUGUACAACCUUAGACAGGCGAGUUUCUUUGGGGGCUCGUUCUUCUCGCCUGACCAGAUCCAGAAAGCUAUAGCGACUGCCGAAACUUUCCUGGAAGAAGGCAAGGUUCAAAUCAGCGCCGAAGACGAGUCUCUCUUGCGCGAUGCCAUUAAUCUCGGACGGCUGGCUGUGGAGAACAACAUCAAGCGAUGUGCCAAUUUAUUCCGCGAAGUCCCACUGUACGUCCAAAACUUCCCCUGGAACGCAGGCCGAGAGUGGUCUCUUGAUCUGCAAGAGGGAGACCCCGUAUGCACAGACUCGCGCAUGGUAGCUGCCCUCCAAAGAUUUCUCCACCCCUUGAUUGAUGCCCCAGCAUCAUUGCAAUUUAUGUUCGAAACCGGACGAUUCGCCGCGCGCGGCUGGGAGGAACGAUUAAAGGGAAUCGAGGAGCAAGGCCCGGGGGCUGAAGAGAGUCCAUCGAGGACGCUUGCUGGAAACACACCGCUCGGCCAAGAUAGCAACUCUUCAAGUAAACGGCGCUCUUCCAUUUUGGCCAAGGGAUUGCCGGGAACGGAAACACACGUCACUUCGGGCCUCGAAGACCAUGGGACAGGCAUCGCCGCGCCGCUCGCCCAGACCCAACUCGUCUCGACGGCUUCCGCAAAGCUUUCCUACUUGAUCGACCAGGUCGUAAAGUACCAGGCAUCGGAACAGAUUAUCAUUUUCUACGAGAACGACAAUGUGGCAUACUAUCUUGCCGGCGUUCUUGAGAUACUUCAAAUCCAGCACCUGAUUUACGCCAAAGGCCUGACCCCGGGGCGGAGGGCGCAGUACGCCACAACCUUCAACCACAAUCCAAAGUUCCGCGUCCUCCUCAUGGACAUGACCCAAGCCGCCUUCGGCCUGGACAUGCAAUCCGCCUCGCGCAUCUACUUCCUCAGUCCCGUGCUCAACCCACAAGUCGAAGCCCAAGCCAUCGGCCGCGCCCGGCGCAUCAGCCAGCGCCGGCCCGUCGCUGUCGAAACCCUCGUCCUGCGCGGCAGCGUCGAGGAGGUCGUCGUGCGCCGCCGCGGCGAAAUGUCCCGCGCCGAGGUCGCGCGCUGUCGCUCGAUUCUGGAUGAUCGGCCGAUCUAUGAGUGGGUUUUGAAUGCGAGGAUUUUGGGGAUGGGGGAUGAUGGAGGGGGGGAGAUGGCGCGGUUGGAGAGGCCGUUGAAGGUUUUUGGGACGGCGGCGGGUGGGGGGUUGAGUCACCCCGAUCAGGAUUUGGUUGGGGUGGGGGGGUUGGUGUUGGAGGGUGGGAGGGGGGAUGGGGUGGCGGUGUCCGUGUCGGAGGGGGAGAGGAAGAGGAGGUCUCCUCCGGGUGGGGGUGGUACUCUGUUGGAGGUGGGCACGCCGGUGUCGGAUGGUGGUGGUGUUCCGAAGAAGAAGAGGGUUCGUGUGCGGUUUGCUGAGCCGGGUGAUGAAGAGGAGGGGUGA